UAGAGAGUUAGAAUACGAACAGAAAUUAAUUGUACACAUAUUUUAACAUGCUGCCUAGAAUUAACUAAUGCAUUACUGUGGUUAGUAGGUUAUAAUACUCAGAACAUGCUCUGAAACAAAUGUAAUAUAUUUUACAAGACCAUAUAUGGGAGGACUUCAAUGAAUGUUAUUAAACGACUGAAGGAGGAUAUAUUCCCAGGUGGAAGGGAAAUUGUGCUGAAGAAACAAUAACUACACCACUCGAUGACAGGUUCUGAUAUUCCAGUGUUUGAUCUCACAUAAAAGGACUCUCAGUUUCAGCUACCAAUGAAGAACUAUUUCCUACAAACUGGUCUCUGAAAAAUAUUCUAACAUAACGAUGAACCAAACUUACCUAAACAUUGGACUGAUAGGAAGUUACCAUGGAGACAACUCAAGAGAAGACGUGCCAUCUCCAAGUCCAGAUUCCAAAUCGAAAUACCCAGAAUACUGUAAGACCAUGGUGGUCCAGGACUCUAAUGGUGUUGUGAAAGAGUUGGUGUUCCCCAAAGCCCUGGACCUAGACCGCCCAAAGCGGGCGAGGACAACUUUCUCCCCGGAACAGCUGUAUCAGUUGGAGAGGGAGUUCCAACGUAACCAAUAUUUAGUAGGAAAGGAACGCACGGAGCUGUCCAAAAAACUUCAGCUUUCGGAAACCCAAGUGAAAGUCUGGUUCCAGAACAGAAGGACAAAGUACAAACGGGAUCGGGGCCGCGAGGCGGAAGUCAGUGACAGUAAAGCGGAAAGCUUGGCUGCGUGUAAUAUACUGAGGAUCCUACAAAACCGGACUCCUACUUAUCCGACACCCCUCCUACCAACCUAUACCUACCCCUUUUGAAAACGUAACACUGCCUGUAAUAUACUGGAACUAGUCUAUCCGUCACCCCUCCUACAUCUACCCCUACUGAUGACGUCACACUGCCUGUAACAUAGUCCUACUGAACCGACCUACCCGUCACCCCUCCUACAUCUACCCCUACUGAUGACGUCACACUGUCUGUAACAUAGUCCUACUGAACCGACCUACCCGUCACCCCUCCUACAUCUACCCCUACUGAUGACGUCACACUGCCUGUAACAUAGUCCUACUGAACCGACCUACCCGUCACCCCUCCUACAUCAGAUCUACCCCUACUGAUGACGUCACACUGUCUGUAACAUAGUCCUACUGAACCGACCUACCCGUCACCCCUCCUACAUCUACCCCUACUGAUGACGUCACACUGCCUGUAACAUAGUCCUACUGAACCGACCUACCCGUCACCCCUCCUACAUCAGAUCUACCCCUACUGAUGACG